CACUGCAUUCAUCCAAAUCCUAUACUCGUAUAUAUAUGUUUUCGCGUUCGCUUAUUUCCUCAAGAGUCUUGCCUACUGUACUUUCUUGGUAUCCAAACAAAACCCAAGUUAUUAGAAACCUUUUUCCGAGGAACCAGAGAAAAUCACCUGUUAGAUUGUUAGAUAUCAGAAUGGCUUCUGAUGGGCAGCAACAGCAGGUACCUCCUCAGAAACAGGAUGCACAACCUGGAAAAGAACAUGUCAUGAAUCCUAUCCCUGAGUACUACAGCUCCAACUACCAGGCUUCCAACAAGCUUCAAGGGAAGGUGGCAUUAGUUACUGGAGGUGAUUCGGGGAUUGGCCGAGCAGUUUGCCACAGCUUUGCCCUCGAGGGAGCAACGGUGGCCUUUACGUACGUGAAGUCUCAAGAGGAGAAGGACGCACAAGACAGUCUGGAGAUACUGAGGAAGGCUAAGACCUCAGACGCCAAGGACCCGCUGGCUGUAUCUGCUGAUUUGGGGUACGAUAAGAACUGCAAACAAGUCGUUGAUGAGGUCGUAAAAGCAUUUGGUCGGAUCGAUAUUCUGGUUAACAAUGCGGCUGAACAGUACAAGACUAGCAGUGUGGAGGAGAUUGAUGAGGAGAGGCUUGAUAGGGUGUUUAGGACCAACAUCUAUUCCCAAUUCUUCCUGUCUAGGCAUGCUCUGAAGUACAUGAAAGAAGGCAGCUCCAUAAUCAAUACUACAUCCGUAAAUGCAUAUAAAGGGAAUGACAAGCUACUUGAUUACACAGCAACCAAGGGUGCAAUUGUGGCUUUCACUAGAGGCCUUUCACAACAGCUGGUAAACCGAGGCAUACGUGUGAAUGCCGUAGCACCCGGGCCCAUAUGGACUCCAUUGAUACCAGCAUCAUUUGAUGAAGAGGAAACCGCUCAGUUUGGAGCUGAAGUUCCAAUGAAAAGACCUGGGCAGCCCAGCGAGGUUGCACCAUGCUUUGUGUUCCUUGCAUGUAACCACUGCUCCUCCUACAUGACUGGCCAAACCCUCCAUCCAAAUGGUGGUACCGUUGUGAAUGGUUGAUAUGCGCCAUACAGAGUUUACUCAAGCUUCUGCUUUUCGUUUCUUUUUAUGUUUAUAUAAAUACGGUGUGGGUGUUUUGGGUCUUGCUGCAUGCAAGAGUGGUAAUAGUAAACAGUCUUAUCUAUUUCCAACUGUAUGUAUAACUCCAGGCAAGGCAGUCUCAAGGAUACUAGGAGGAGCCUAAGCCCAACUAGUGCGGUUUGUGUAAAAAACAACUAUGAACUUUGGGUCUUUUAUAAGAAGCAAGAAAGUAUAAUAAUGGAACAA